AUGAGAGAGCCGGCCCAACGGAAGAGGUGCCUGCUGGAACAGAGAGGAAGCCUGAGAAACAAACCGCUGUUGCCCGUGGAUCUCCACGAUAGAGAGAUAACCCAAACAGAUUGCACAACCGCCUCUGCUCCGGACAGCAUACGAGGAGUGGGAUAUGAGAUCCCGGUCGCUAGCGCAUACCGACGUCCUGACGCUGACCAUCCCUUGCCGCUACCUACACCGAUUGAUGAUCUGGUCAACAUAUGGUGGGUGCCAUUCGAAGCCGCGGCCGGUGGGUCCGACAUUAUCACCGCCGUCAAUGAGAUCGAGAGCAAGCUAGCAAUCGACGGCGUCGCCCGUCAAGCUUGCAGUGUGGCGGCAGAGCUACACGGGGCUCAAUACCCCCCUGUGAUGGUACCGGCUGAAAGCGAUCGCUACCGCGACGACGAGGCGGUGUGUGGCGGGUGGGUCCUUGACGGCGACCCCGAACCCAGGCUUUACCCUGACUCUAGAUUUCGGGCGUCGCGGGCACUGUCGGAGGAAGACACCACGCAUACGCGACGGCUGAUGGUUGGCUUUAACUUUGGCACUAUCAGUCCACUUGCCCGGCCAUUUUCCGGAGAGACGGGUACUAUUGCUGUCAAUUCUAACCUCGACAGGAUACACCGGGGCCGCCGCUGGACUCACAACAAGCCCGAUAAUCAUGCGCCCGCUAUGGUUCUCAAGACCAUGGAUUCGAUGUCCGGCGUUGCCACCUACAUGGGGCUGGUAAUAACUGAAGAUAUACAAAGCGGCUUUACAUCAGCCAGCGGCGCCAGGGCUUGGUUUCGUAUGCUAAGCAUGGCCAUCACACUACAGACCUCUUUACUGUUCGCUAGGUCUGAUCUUUCCCUUCGGGUCUGGGUAGGGUACGAGGGUGACGCACAAGACCUGGUCACUCGUAACACCUACACACAGCUCAUCAAGAUGGCGACCAACGGAUUGUGUGGCUACAUCGAUAUCGCCUCUAUGAUCGAGCCAUGGCACGCGUGGGACGAAGAGUGCACGGCGGAAUACUAUGGAUUAGACUUGACAACUGAUGCCAACUGGUUGUCGUACCAUCCGGUCCCUGCCUUGCUGACGACUCAGUGGUCCCGCAAGCUGGGACUGGAGGAGGGGGGAGGUCAGAAAGCCUGCGUAUUUCGUUACAUGGGCGAGCACAAGAAGGGCUAUUAG